AUGUCUACAAUCACACCCGCCGCCAAGUUGCUCCAUCAUGAUUGCACGGUCUGGCGCGCGAGCAGCCAAACCGCGUCUACUCUUUACGAAAAGGGGACAAAGCUCUGGACAAGGCAGGAUCUAACUGACAUUGAGGAGCAACUCGCGGAUUGCAAAAACCGCAGGGUCUUUACCGUCCGCGCAAUCGAUGGCACGACCCUGGAAAUGGCAAAUCCCAUGUUUGGCAUAGACUCACCCAUUUGGAAGCCCUACGUUCGGUUCCAGGAAUACUGGUCGCUGGUCAAGGAAAAGCCCGAGGGCCCGGAGCAGACCUAUCUCUGCUCAUACCUGCCGAGCUGGAGCAACACCACGGCCCGAAGCUUUCGUGGUGUCAUUACGGACCCCGACGCGCUCUUUGAGAAGAAGAGGCUUGCCUGGAACGCAAGCCGUAGCUGUGCGCUGCUGCGAAUGCAGCUGGAGCAGAUACCUGCGAUGAAGAGGGUCGAGAAGAUUAUUUGCUUUGGGUUGGGCGACAUUUGCCGCCGGCCCGCAGAAUGGGUGAGAAAACACUUGGCCAAGCUCGACGAUGCGGAAGCUCGGUUUGUUCGCAACGCCAUGAUCCAGCACGCCAUUGCCCUCACGCUGGCCCAGAUAUGCAGCAGCAGCAGCAGCGCGAGAGGCCGCAAGGUCAAGCUGCUCGCCCAGGACCCAGACUACACGGACGAGGCCAAGGAAAUGCUGACCAAACGUGGCUUCACCAUUGUUGGAGACUAUGGCGCUGGCGGAUUCGCAGAGGUGGACAAUGACAGCGUGGUCGUGUCCCUUUUUGUCGAGGCGCCGCUGAAGCAAAUCGUCGCCGACAUUGCACGGCCUUUGAUGAUGAUUAGCACUGGCUUUGGGGUCUUUAACGAUUCAGAAAAACCUUUUGCGGAUGCAGACUCGCCUCGGACGGUAGCCAUGUGGAAAGAAUACGAGGACAAGAUUGAAUUUUCCGUCUCUGAUGAAGACGACGAGAUCAAGACGAUGCUGCAGGAUGUGCAUCUCUACGUGAGAAGAGAUAUAUAG